AUGUCAUUAAUUUUUUCCACUGUUCGUGCGAGAUCCGACAUUGCGGUAGCAGUUGCUUCUUCUGGAAUAGCGGCUACAUUGUUAGAAGGAUGCCGUACGGCUCAUUCAGCGUUAAAAUUGCCGUUAAACCUUCAAACUACCGAGCAACCGAUAUGUAAUAUUGCGAAGUAUUCUGCAAUGGCUAAAGUUUUAGUAGCAUCUAAAAUUAUCUUCUGGGACGAAUGCACAAUGGCGCACAAACGCGCAUUAGAAGCACUUGACAGAACAUUGAAAGAUCUUCGCAAUGACUCCAGAUGUUUUGGAGGCGCACUGAUUUUACUGUCUGGCGAUUUUCGUCAAACACUCCCAGUCAUUCCAAAAUCGACUGCUGCUGACGAAAUAAAUGCUUGCCUUAAAUCAUCAAAUCUUUGGCGCUAUGUGAAGAAACUUCAGCUGGUAACAAACAUGAGAGUUGCAUUGGUAAACGAUGCAUCUGCUGAAGAGUUCUCCAAGCAAUUGCUGUUAAUCGGUAAUGGCCGUGUAGCUGUUGAAGAAUCGAGCGGAUUAAUUGCAUUUCCUUCAAAUUUUUGCAAUUUCGUCUCAUCAAAAGACGAACUCAUCAAUGAAGUAUUUCCGAACAUCAUUGAUAAUCAUAAAAACAAAAAAUGGUUGAGUGAGCGAGCAAUUUUGGCAGCUAAGAACAAAGAUGUGAAUGACUUAAGCUUUGUAAUUCAAAAUCAAAUCGUUGGUACUCUGCAUACAUUCAAAUCUAUUGACUGUGUAACAAACGAAGAAGAAGCUACCAACUAUCCAACUGAAUUUUUGAACUCCUUGGAUGUGCCUGGUUUACCACCGUACAAUUUACAAUUAAAGAUUGGUUCGGUAGACAUUAUGCUUCGAAAUCUAAACUAA